AUGGGCAAAAACAACGCCAAAGCCAGCGGCGGCGACAAGAAAGCUAAAGGCAACCAGAAAGGUGGCGACGCAAAGGGCACCGACAAGGGCAAGAUGAAGGGCGGCCAGUCAAUCAAUGUGCGACAUAUCUUGUGCGAGAAAUUCUCUAAGAAGGAGGAAGCCCUCGAGAAGAUCCGCAACGGGUCCAAGUUCGACGAUGUUGCGCGGGAGUACUCGGAGGACAAGGCCAGGGCUGGCGGCUCCCUAGGCUGGAAGAACAAGGGCGACCUCGACCCUAGCUUUGAAGAGGUUGCGUAUGGUCUGGAGGAAAGUUCGACUGGGAAGCCGGUGAUUGGGGAGGCGAAGACUGGGUUCGGGUACCAUAUCAUUAUGGUUGAAGGGAGGAAGUAA